AUGAUUACUCUAUAUACGCACGUUAGUCAAUACGCCACGAGUAUGCUGACGACGGUGCGCAAGUUUAAACGACGGGACAAAAUUGCGUGCGUAUCCAUAGGCAGCGCAAAAAUGCGUGUUAAAUUUUUACCCUCGCGCGUGGCGCUCGGGCAUGCAUCGAGUCUACUUUGUUUAUUAUUAUGACAAGAAUUUUUCUGUGUUGGUGUUGUGUUCUCAGGUGAAUAAUAUGUUUGCGAUGUUACUCUGAGUGCAUAUCCACACCGGGCGAGCUUGAAAAAUAUGCCCGGCCACGGUGGGAUUCGAACCUACGACCUUUUGACCUUAAAUGAACCUACGACCUUAAAUGGGCUGGUUCGUUGGAAGAUCUGAAAGCCGUCGUGCUCACUGUAGUGGACGAACAAACAGCUGAAACUACAACCUGGCGAUCGCCUAGCGAUGGUACGUGGAAAUUCGACAGCAAGGCACUGUGUGUUACCUGGCAAACAAAGAGUCAGAAUGUUUAUUUUGAGGGCGAAAACGGCGAGGAAGUGACCAAACAGAUAAUUUCGCACUUAAACCAAGGCGUGCACGCUUCGUUGAAAGCUUCGUUAAAAGCUUCGAACUUGGCGGGAGUUGAAGUGUUAGAUUUGCAGGACUCUCGCGCUAUCAGCUUAUCCGACAACGACACAACAAAUGGAAGUUUUCAGGCCUGUGGGGAGAGCGUUUCAUGCGAUGAAGAGAGUGUGAUUCAAAAUGUCAUCAAACGUUUGGAUUCAUUAACGCGCCAAUUCGAAAACCACCGAACUGAGACGUCUGUUGUUCUAAACGAACUUGUUAAUAUAUAUGAGAAUCAAAAAAGUCCGACGGCAACUGAAAAUCUUACUAAAGAAAAUAGAUUAUUGAAAGAAGAAAACAAGGCUCUUCAAACAGAGCUAACAAAAUAUAAAGAUACUUUAACCGAACUAAAUACAAAGCUGACGGAUACUGAAAGUGAGAAAUCAAGCCUCUUAACUGUUAUUAGGUUGCUGAAUGAAGAGCAAGCCACUGUAAUGUGUUCAAAUAAGGAUGAAUCUAGUCAAGCGCAACAAACACGGAGCUCGUGGCAAAUAGCUGGCCGCAAAACCAUAAGUCAAAGUGCUGGUCACCAUAUAAAUUUGAGCAAUAAGUACUCUACCUUGCAAAUUGAAGACGACGAUGAGGCAGUAAUGAGCGGUGACGCUGGAAAUAAUCAAACCUUAGUUCCCAAGAAGACUCCAACUAUAGACCACGAAAAGAAAAGACGAUUGAAAAACACCCCAAGAAAUAUCCAAGACACAAAGCAAAAUUCCUUACCAAUCAGCAACCAACGUGAUACUAUCCAACCGAAGAAACAACAAUGUGAGGUAGCUUUGGUGGGUGACUCCAUGAUUAAGCAUGUUGAUGUCCGAAAACUUCGUCAUGGCACAAACAAACAGGUAACUGUUCGUACUUUUACUGGGUGUAGAACCGACGAAAUGGCUCACUAUAUAAAGCCGACACUUGCUUUAAAACCGAAGCAAGUUAUUAUUCAUGUUGGGACGAAUGAUCUCAAAACGAAAUCACCGGCUGAAAUUAUUUACAACUUAAAAAACCUGGGCAAUCAGGCAAAACAAGAAAACCCCCGCACUGGUGUCUCACUCUCACAGAUAAUAAUUAGAAGUGAUGACACAAGAUUACAAAAUAAAUUAGUUGAAGUCAACAAAUGCAUACAAGAUCUUUGCGAACAAGAGAACUGGGGUCUUAUUGACAACAGUAAUAUCAGUAAUAUGCAUUUGAAUCCGUAUGGACUACACUUAAACAAACGUGGCUCUGCUAUAUUAGCAAACAAUAUCAAAUUGCAUAUAACUAACAAUAUAGAUAACUAUUGA